AUGGAUUCAGGCAAAGUUAUGCACAGAAGAAAGCCGGAGAUUCCUGUGAUCGGACUGAGAGGAUCACAGAAGAGCCAGGAGGUCAGUGCUAAAAGUCUUGAACUCAGUAAAGUGAUUCGUCUUCUUGAAGAUCCUCUGACAGCUAACCUAAAGGAGAGACACCUGUUUGUCUUGAAGAAACUGCUGAAGAGAAACCAAAUCGGCUUUCGAUUAAAGGAGCUGCAAGGCGUCGCCAAAAUCCUGAAUAUCUGCGCUGAGAAGGCAAAUGAUCAUCCUGAAUAUGGAGCCGUUCUGUGUGAAGCUCUGAACGUCUGCAGGCUUCCCUUCCUGAAGGAGAAAACGUCUGAUGAGCUGAACUACGCUAAGGAUGUCAUCGACUUCCUCUCUCACAUCGGAUGUCUGAUGAGGGUUUCAGAUGCUGACGUGAGGCAGCACAUAGUCGAAUGUGUGAAAUCCUUCUACAGCUGCGUGGCUCCCAAACAGCUGCUCGAUGGGCUCCAGCCGACCUCUCCAGGCUACCGGCUGCAGCUGCUGCAGCACAGCGACCUGCCUCAGGCGCUGCUGCUCUCCAUGGCGGCUGUGGAGAACCAGCCGGACAUCAGGCUGCAGCUGCUGCAGACUCUCCAGAUCCUCUCCAGCACCUCCGAUAUGAACUGUGCUUCAAUACUGAACGCCAGAGGGGCGGAGACGAUUUGCCUCCACAUGAACGAACCAGAGCCGUCCGGUCAGGUUCUUUUCCGUUCGUCUGAAAUCCUCUGGAACCUGCUGGAGAGAUGCAACAUGGAGGAGGUCACCGCUCAGCUCUGCAGCAUGGAGUGUGUCGUAUCUCUGAAAGAAGCAUUUUGUCACCAGCUGCUGAACACUUCUCAACAUUUUGACCUCCAACUAAGAAACGAUCUGCUGGUGAUCACAUCUUUUAUCGCUGAAAGUCCAAACUCUCUGCUCAUUGAGAGUUUAUUUGCCAAACAGCUUGUGCUUUUCGCCACUUUUGCGGAACUGAAAACCCACAUCCCUUUGAUCCACAACCUGAAGCUCAGCUACAGCAACGAAGACUUGAAAAUGAAGAAGCUGCUGUUGAAUCUGCUGGUUUUGAUGUCAAAGGACUCAGCAGCCCUGCAGCUGUAUAAAGAAGAGCGAGUCAUGUUGGCUCUGCUGAUUCUCAUAAAGCCUCCUGCUGCUUCGUCUGAGCGUCGGUCAGGUUCACGUCGCUGGUCGGCCGUCCAGCAGGAGGAGCUGCAGCUGCAGGCGCUAGCCACGCUGGCCACCAUCGCGCCGCUCAUGCUGGACGACUACAUGUCCUGUCAGGGAAACGCCUGUCUGCUGCUGCUGCUGGACUGGUGUGUCGGACCAGAUUCUUACUUCAGUCAGGGUCACAGCUUCCACGGCACUGGAGGUCGAGGCAGCAAAAGGGCUCAGAUGCGACGUUGCAUCAGAGUACUGCGAUCGGUGACGUCUCUGGAAGAAGAAUCUGUGAACCAGGACCUCUGCGACCAAGGAACCAUCGGCCAGCUUCUGGGGAUUCUGAUCCAGAUGGAUGCGAGUCCAGACGAGGAGGAUGCUGUCGCUCUGGAGAUGAAGUCAGAUCUUCAGCUGAUCAUCUCAGCGCUGUGUGAGACCGACAUGCACAGAAAGGAACUGUUUGGUUCAGAGGGAGUUGAGAUGACGAUUAACUUCCUGAAAAAAGGCUGCGAUAAAUUCUACAGCGGUUUAGGACACAACAAGCUCGUCCUCUCCACAGUCGACUGCGUGAGGUCCUGCAUCAUUGGCUGCUACACCACAGAAGAUUACUUUCUGGCUCAAGACGGAGUGUUUCUUCUGCUCGACCUACUUGCUUCGAGCCCCAGAUGCGUCCACGGCAUCGUCCUGGCCACGCUGCUGGAGCUGUGCGACAACCCCAACACGGUGUCUCACAUCCUGGACUGGAGGGAUGGCGGCGGCCAGACGGCGGCCAGACUGCUGCUGCAGCUGUGGAGGGACGAGGAGGAGGAUCUGGGCCUGAAGAGGGACCAGCACGGAGGGAUCACAGAUCCGCAGCAGCCUGUCCUCCGCCACUCCCAGCAGCACGACAUCCACCCGUCGCUUCACACUCACAUGUCCAGUGCAGCAGUUCUGGAGAUUUCAGAGAACCUGCGCGCAAAGAUUUACUCCAUCUUCUGCAAACUUGGGUUUCAGGAGCUUCCUGGAUUGUCGACCAAAGACUACGUGACUCUGAGCAUCGUCAGGCGGUAUCUGGACUUGAAGGUCGGGGAGGUUUGGGAUGAGAUCAGCAGGGAGCUGAGUUUGGAGGGCGUGAGGCCCAUCACUCCCGACCAGGAGGCUCUGAACGCCAUCUGCAGGAUUACAGAAGACACGGCGAGGAGGAUCGCGACCGAACAAAGCAGCAUCGUGGAGCGUCAGCGGCAGGAGGACGUCAGCGAGGAGCAGCUCAUGUAUACAGAGAUAAAGUCUCACUGGAAGCAGCGGGAGCUUUUAGCCAAGUCUCGGGACAAUUACGUCGCCAAGACUUCAAACUACGAGAUCCUGAAGGAAGUAAAAGCACAGAGGCAGAAGGACAUUGAAUCAUCCAAACCCAAACCAGAGGACGACGACGACGCUGCUGCUCAUCCUGCAGAGCAUUUCGUCGGUCACAUCGUGGCGCUGGAGCGAACCGACGCCCAGGGACCCGCAGGAGUGAAGGUGACACUCGGCAGGACUUCAAUAAGGUCUGCAGGUCAGAACAAAACCGACUCGACGACUCGAGACCCGGAGUACUUCAGCACGGCGUCUGUCAGAGACUGAUGAAGGACGCGCUGAACACAAGCCCUUUAUGUUAUCACUGUUCCUGUAUUUAUAUGUUUAAUGCACUGAUCAUCCACAACAGGCGAAACCUAAAAGCACAGUGACGGGUUUAUUUUUCUAGUCUGCAGCUCUCGUCUCGUGUCCGUAGACAUCGAGUGAAUUUGCAGACGUGAGGUCACUCGAUGUGCACAAUCAGCACAGUGUUGUCUCGUCCUCCAACAAAAACUUACAGACACACACAGUUUCUAUCACAUCAAGCACAUUCAUUCACUGGAGACCAAACCAAACCACUACUUGUCUUAACGUACAUCUUUAAGUUUAAACCAAAUCUUCACCCAAAAGAGGAGACGAAUCCCAACAACAUGAAGAUGUAAACAGAUGCAGCGUUUGUCUCCACAGCAUGACACAGUUGUAGUAAACCAGUUUGUCUUUGUGGUCAAAUGUGUCUUGUUUCAGAGACGUAACGUGUUAAAGUUCGUGCAUAUUAAAGAAAAGCAUUUUUCACACAGAAUUCAAAGUCACAUUUAUUUAUAAACC